UGCGUGACCAUAAGGACCUUGCCUAUACAGCGUUCUUCAAUUGCCUGCGAGAAUGCGCUCACCGCCAAUUUCGCAGGACAUCAGCAACGAGCAUCUGCUGCGGAAGUGAACAGCAAAUGGAUAGAUGCACAGGACAUGGCAGACUCAAUUUGCUGUGAAUUCUGGUUGUUACGGGGCGCUCUUGCUGAGAGCAGUGAGACGUGCGGGCUUGAGCAACCCCAUUGUCUCUUGAUGAUGGUGGCCAGCCUUUUCAUGGACGGUUGAAUGAAUUUCAGAGACGGGCAGCAGAAACGGUGACGGCGGUAGCUUUUUGGAGCACAUUGCAGCUGCUAGGAUUUGCACUACAAAGAGUUGGGUUCUCAUAGCCGGGAAUGAGUGAGCAGGAUUACAGAUGAGCUUUUCACAUCAAAGGCGGUCAUUCUUUGCAAAGCCACCCAAUCUCCAUCUCUAGGGUUGCCCUGUUUCUGUUAUAUACACCAAGAAUACAGGAGGAUGGGUACCUUGGAGGUGCAAGCGAGAUUCUUGUCAGGACUGUUGAUCUCGCUCCUUCUGGCAGGCCUAUGUGCUGCUGAGGAGUAUGAUCACAAGUAUGCGCUGGGCGAUCCAGUCACCCUCUGGGUCAACAAAGUAGGCCCGUACAACAAUCCCCAAGAGACGUACAACUACUACACUCUGCCGUUCUGCAAGCCCGGAGAGGGCAAGGAACGGCCAGAGCACAAAUGGGGUGGAUUAGGGGAAGUUUUGGAGGGGAAUGAGCUGAUUGACAGCCAGCUCUCAUUCAAGUUCAGAAUGGACACACAGAAGACUGUUAUUUGUGAGACGCCCUUGGAUGAGAAAGCCGCCGACCAGUUCAAGUAUGCCAUUCAGAACCACUACUGGUACGAGCUUUUCAUGGAUGACCUCCCGAUUUGGGGAUUCGUUGGCGAGUCAAUUCCUGGGGAGAAGCAAGCGGAAGGCGAGGCGAAGCAGGAGGACCAGGUUCUGAUCUACACGCACAAGAGCUUUGACAUCAAUUACAACAACGAGCAGAUUAUCCAAGUGAACUUGACGUCCGAUGUGCCGAAGCCGCUGGUGCCUGGGACGUCCCUGGAGUUCACAUACUCGGUCAAGUGGGAGGCGUCCACCAUCCCCUUCGCCAAGCGCUUUGAGCGCUACCUUGACUACAACUUCUUUGAACACCAGAUUCACUGGUUCUCCAUCUUCAACUCGUUCAUGAUGGUCAUCUUCCUGACGGGCCUGGUGUCAAUGAUCCUGAUGCGCACGCUGCGCAACGACUAUGCAAAGUAUGCGCGCGAGGAGGAUGACCUGGAGACGCUGGAGCGCGACGUGAGCGAGGAGUCUGGCUGGAAGUUGGUCCAUGGUGACGUGUUCCGCGCGCCCCGGAACCUGGUGCUGCUGGCCGCCCUCGUGGGGACGGGAGCGCAGCUCGCCCUGCUCAUCCUGUCGGUCAUCAUCAUUGCCAUCAUUGGCAUGCUCUAUGUCGGGCGAGGCACGAUCGUCACCGCGUUCAUCAUCUGCUACGCGCUGACGUCGUUCGUGGCGGGAUACGUCAGCGGGGGCUUCUACUCGCGGAGCGACGGAAAGCACUGGAUCAAGUCGAUGCUUCUGACGGCCUCGCUCUUCCCAUUCGCGUCCUUCGGGAUCGGCUUCAUCCUCAACACGGUGGCUAUCUUCUACCACUCGCUGGCGGCCAUCCCAUUCGGGACGAUGGUCGUUGUCUUCCUCAUCUGGGCGUUCAUCUCGUUCCCGCUGUGCUUGGCGGGCACCGUUGUGGGCCGCAACUGGAGCGGCGUCCCGGACAACCCGUGCCGAGUGAAAACCAUCCCGCGGCCCAUCCCCCAGAAGAAGUGGUACCUCACGCCGACGGUCGUGGCGAUCAUGGGCGGCCUGCUGCCGUUCGGGAGCAUCUUCAUCGAGAUGUACUUCAUCUUCACGUCCUUCUGGAACUAUAAGGUGUACUACGUGUACGGCUUCAUGCUGCUGGUGUUCAUCAUCCUGGUGAUCGUGACCGUGUGCGUGACCAUCGUCGGCACGUACUUCCUGCUCAACGCCGAGAACUACCACUGGCAGUGGACGUCCUUCUUCAGCGCGGCGUCGACCGCGACGUACGUGUACCUCUACAGUAUAUACUACUACUUCAUGAAGACCAAGAUGUCGGGCUUCUUCCAAACGAGCUUCUACUUUGGGUACACGCUCAUGUUCUGCCUCGGCCUGGGGAUCAUGUGUGGUGCAAUCGGCUACUUGGGAUCAUCAACCUUUGUGCGGCGUAUCUACCGCAACAUUAAGUGUGAUUAGGGAUGUGUGUAGGCUCGGUUUUCUCGACGUUGUGAGCGGUGGUCCAGCCCUUUCAUUGUCCUUUCCCAACUGUAAGUCGGUCAGACAGAGGUCAAGUUCCUUAUUAACAGAGCGACAUUCAGGGAUAAAUGCCGGCUGGGUUGACGCCAAUCAUGGACCUCACCGGCCAGAACUGUUGCAAGUUCAACUGCUGCCCGGUCUUGCACUUCGCAAUUGGAUGAUUGCCUCACGGUUUGACGAGACUGGAGCGUUUUGCAUUUCAAAGGAACGGCUGUAUGCCGCAAUCACUGCUCAAUCCACCUCGCAC